UCAAACUCAAAAGUUUGAAUUAUAACGUAAAAUUAUAUUUCUUAACAUUUUAUAUUUCUAAACAACGUUGUUUCAAAUGUUCAACAAUGAAUACUAUAAAUGAUGUAACUGAUAAGGAAUUCAUUCCUUUUCUGCACAGUUUGGGCGUAGAAACUUAUAAUAAGUCUUUUGAAUGGAUGCUGCAAGAUCCUGAUUUUGGUGGUGCUUUGAAGUGGCUUUAUAGGAAUUUGGACCAUAACAAUGCCUUGACUGCUCGUGAAGAAUACAGGUUCAAAGAACUAGAGAAAAAUAAAUGUUUACUGCCCGUUGAUGAGUUGGAAACUGCAAUCUCAUCGCUACAAGAAGAGUUCGAAGGUUUGUGUCUACCAGGAGACCAGGAUGCCUUAGAGGAUAUGAAAUUAGACAUAAGUAUGCACAAUGAUAGACUGGAUAUGUUAUUAAAACAUGAAGAAAUAGUGAAUGAUUUAAUUAAACAGAAUCAUUUAAUGAAAGAUGAACUAGACAUAGAGCUGACAAAAUUAAGUGCAAAACAACAUCAGUAUAAAGAUGAUGAAAAAAGCUUGGGCGAGCAGUGCAUCACCCUUGCGGAGGAAGUGGACACUAUUGUUGAUGAUGUAUGUGAUGUUAUAGCUAACAACUUAAAAAUGGCCAGUUCUACAGAUGAGGAAAUGUCUAGCAAAUUCUUUGCAUUUGGUCCCUUUGAUGCUUACAAACAGUCUCAAUCAUUAUUUAUGUCACACUUUGACCUCUACAUCUCCAAGCGACUGACAAACAAUCAUCCGGAAAGGACUUCAGAUCAAGAUCUACAAAGAAUAUUAAAUGAAGCUGCUAGUUUGGAAGAAAGGCUAUCGGAUGUUCUAUGUACAUACAUCUCCACCAAAGCAGAGUUAUGUGGGGAGCAAGCCAAACUAGCAUUGGUUAACAAUUACAUGCUUCAUCCUAAUAGAAUAUCUGCGUGUUUAUUAGAAGUGCAAAGUUCUUUAGAAAUCCUGCAACAAGAGGAGACAAUAUUAGACCAACAGCUGCAAGAAGCUAUACUAAAGUUUGUGUCAUCUCGGACAAACCUCGCUGUGGAGACAGCGGCAAGGAGUGCACUUUGUAUUAGGAAGCAAGUUCACAGUGAUUUGGAGUUUUUAGUAGAAUGUGUCCAGCAAGCGCUGCACAUAGACAAGAUAGUGUACAGUGCGCUGCGAGCGGAGCUGUGCGCGCUGGAAGAGUUACUGCGAUUCGCCUCACAUAUGAGGACAUAUCUAGUUAAUGAUACUGAAGCCAUCAAUAAUAGGAUUGAUUCGAUGAACGAUAUCUGUAGUCAGCAAUUACUGAAACAGCGAUUGAAUACCAACAUUGUUCAGCAGACCUUAUGUACUUUGUUAUGUACUGAGAGUGCUGAUGUACUUGUAAGGGUAUAUAAUGAACUGAUAUAUAAUAUACGAAGUCUCAGUGAGGAGGUGGCUGAUGGCUUUAAGAAGAAGGAAUCCGCGAUAGCUGCGUACUGGUCUUCAACAUCGACGCUCCGCGCGUACUUGUACGACGGCAGCGGUCGCCACGUGCGGCGAGGCGGCGCCGCGCAGCUGCUGCACCGUCUUACUGAAGAAAUAGCUGCUGUCGAUGAUAAAGUGCUGGCAGCUAGCGGGACAUUUGCUACUGUUAAGAAAGAGGACAAGCACAGUUUACGUAAAUUCUGGCAGUGGUUCCUCGUGGAGCAGUCGCGACUGCUGGCCGCGCUCAGAGCGGCGCAGCCACGAGGACAUUUACCUUGAUUUCUGAUAUUUACUCUCAAAAUAAUAAUAAAUCUAGUUAUAAAUAUAGCCUAUGACGCUCGGUGAUAAUGUAGGUUUCUAAUGGUGAAAGAAUUUUUGAAAUCGAUUCAAUAAUUUUUGAGUUUAUUCGUUACAUACAAAAGUAAAAAAAA